ACCGUUCGAUUGGCAGUAGUGCAGCGGCAGAGUUCACGUGGAGGUUAUGUACUUAGGUGAUAAUCUAAUCAGUUUCGAAGUCCUUGCGCCAGUACUGCACGGCCGUUCCCCGCUGAUAAACGUUGUCUAUUCCGUUUGUUUGGUCGCUCAGCGAAUUUGAAUUCAAAAUAACAUAUAAAACGUCGAUCAAUGGCCGAACCACCGAUUAAGAAGACGAAAAUGUCGUCGUUGACACAACUCAAGGACUUUACGGUCGUCGUGGCCGACACCGGAGAUUUCGCAAGUAUGUAUGACAUUAUUAUUAAUUAUUGUAUACUGUUUGCGGAACACUUGUUGUACCUACUUGUAGUGUCGCCCGAUAUUAACGGACCGUACCUAUUCUUACUGUCCACAGGUACUUUACGUACCUACUUAACAACACCACCCGAUGUGUAAGCUAUCGAACGAUUUUCAAGUUUCUCAAAACGGUCUCAUUUUAUGACGGUUUUUAUUACGAAUUGUGACCCUAGCGCCUUUCACUUGCCAAACUUCGGGAUAUUUUUAGUACACACCUAGGUUACAGUGCUCUGGAAAUAGGUAGCACCGAUCACAAAAAGUAAAAGUGAACUGACACGAGGGCGCCUAAUGGCCUGAACAUUGUUUGAUUUUCAGUAACGAGUAGAUAUAAUAAAAAAAACUAGCUAUACAAAUAAUACGGACACAUGACUUUCGUGAGCCUAUUACUAAACGAGUAUAAAUUCUGAUUGUCCUUGGAUUUUGUUCGUUUUCUGGUUGGUUUAAUAAUAUCUUACAUUAAUCUAGGUGAAAUAAUACACGUUUGUUGUACCCGUAUUGAAUGAUUACCUACCUGCGUAUCUAUUCAUAUGUCUUUGAACUUUGUAUCGUUUAUUAUUAAUUGCUUAUAUUUUAUACGAUAAAUAUAUCAAAUACCUACCUAUAAAAUGUGUUUAAAGUCGAUUUAGAAAAAUAAUGAAUUGAAAAAAAAAAAAAAUUUAAUCUGAAUUCUGUAAUUACCUAUACAAUUAUUUUAAUUAUCCACAAGAAAUAAUUAAAUCACUUAAAAGUUUAAAACUAAAUAUUAUACAGCGCAUACUUAAAUGUUAAACAGUUAUUGUUCAUAAUUGCCUAUGUAGUUGUUGGAUUGAUUACAGGCAUACAGGUCUAUUAACUGCAAAUACUGAAUAAUGAUUUAAUCUUACAAAUAGGUGCACACACACGCACGCACAUGUUAUGUUACAAAAUUUAAUUUUUCGACCGCUGCUUGUAGGUGGGAAGUUGGGAACGUAGGAUGUAUAAAGUAUUUUAGUUUUUAUACUGAAUGCACUGAUAGAUUGUAAAUAAAAACUGAUUCUGAGCAGAUGUUAAUUAAAGUGUUUCGAUAACUGAAAUUUGUAUUAAUAUGUAACCGCAAUAUAAUUUGCAAUUGUUCUUGAAUUUUCAUCAAGCAUUGAACUUUCAAUGCUUGUAAAUAAAAAAUGAAAAUUAUGACUUCAUAAUUUUUUUUUAAUUUCAAGAUUUUCGAAACUAUAUUUAAAAUAAAAACAAUUAACAGGGAAAAAAAAUACGAUUUUUUCACGAUUUCGGUAUUUUAAAUAAGUACCUACCACGUUUUCUAGCACAAAUAUGGCUUAAAUUGAAAAACGGCAAGAGACUUUUUUUGUUGAAUUAUUAAUCUUGUUUCUAAUGAUGGAGGUCGUUUUUUUGAUUUUCGUAAUAAUAGUUAUAGUAUAAUAGUUCGUAAUUAUAAUUCGUAAUAAGUGUUCAUAAUAAUCGGGAAAAAGCGUAGGAAGGUUGAAAAAAAAUACGGCACUUCAAAUUACGUAUUACAGAACAGCACUUUCGCAGUAAUGGUUUAUCAUUGCUUACAGAUGUAAAUAAAAUAACCUUAUAUAUUCUACCUUACCAAAUUUUCAUCUACAACAGUGGCUGCACCCUUCCCCAGUAUCAGAUCUUUAUGUUAUUGUUAAUAAACCACGUAAAAUAUAAUUAUAAUGUUAUUUCAAUCAUUUGCAUACUAAAGUAACUCAAGGUUGAUAUUUUGGACUUCGUUCGGUGUGUAAUAACAUAAAGCAAUUUUUGGGUUUGGAAGAAAUAGUGGAAAAAUGUUUCUUUUCAUAUGGAUACAAAAUUUAGUUUAUUUAACCUAAUUUUUUUUUAUUUUUUUACCUACAGAAGCCAACAUAAUUUAAAAAAAUCUGAGGGGGGGAGCUGAAUGGUGCAUGGUGGAAUUAAUACAACAAUUAUAACAUCAAAUUAUUGUUAUAAAUUACAGAAUAUUUAAUAAAGUUUUUAAAAAUUCCUUUUUUUCGAUGUAUAUUCUUGGAAUAAUAUCGAUAUCUCCAUACAUAUCUGUCAAUCAAUUAACUUUUAAACAUAACUUUAGAGGAUGUCUAUGAACGCAUUUUAAUUUUAUUAUGUUAAGCAAUUAGCGUCCAAGACUGCAAUUUUUCAAUUACCAUCAAAGAAACAGCCCUUUGGCGUUUUGCUCAAAUAGCUCAUAAAUAUCGAAAAAAAAAUAUUAAUUAGCUUUGAUUUCACCAAAAACGUCUAUAUAUUACACACCGAAUUUAAAAAAAAGUUCAAAAAACCAAUUUUGAAUUACUUUAACAUGCAAGUGAUUGAAAUAACAUUAUAAUUAUGUUUUAUGUGGUUUAUUAACAAUAAAAUAAAAAGUGAGUUUAAUAGGAAAAUUUUGAUUUCGCCAAAAUGUUAAGCAUAUAAUAACUACUAUUUCUAAAAAAAAAAAUUCCAACAAUAUACAUUUUUGGUAUUUUAAACUCGAAAACACGAUUUUUAGAAAAAUUGAGCAUUUUGAAUUUUUUUGACCAUGGAGUUUGAGCGAAUUUUUUGUAGUUACCAUAAAAUUAAUCAUGUAAAAACACACAUUUUGGAAAAAAAAAUUUUAAAUAAUUACUUGGGUGUUAAACUGAAUUUAUGGCAUUUCUGUUUUCUACAGUUAUUUGCACAGAACUACAAUAAAAAAACAAAAUUAAUGGCUUUUUAAAAAAAAACUAUGGUUCCUUAAAGGUACCCGUUUUUCUUUAAUUUGUCCCCUUUAAUGAUAGUACAAAUAAUUAUACUCUCAAAUCGCAUUGUAUCAAUAAAUCAAAUAUUCUGUAAGAUAUAUCUACUAUUUCUGAGUUAGAUGAAGUUGAUGAAUGGUCAAAAACUUGAUUACAGAUAAAAAAUAAAAGCAUAUCAUACUACAACUAACUAAUACAUUCCUCGCUUUACUAAGAAUUUAAAACUAGGGUUUGUGUUAUUCAUAGUUUAUGUGUAUAUGCAUUUCAAAAAUUGUAAGUUUAGCUGUGUUAAAAUUUAGUGAAUAUUGUUUUCAUUAAUUUUUCAAUUAUAAUUAAUCUGUUUUAAAAUCGUUCUAGCCAUGAAAAAGUACCAGCCUACUGAUGCCACAACGAACCCAAGUCUUAUCUUAGCUGCAGCAAAAAUGCCGCAAUAUAAAGAUCUGAUAUCUAAAGCUCUGAAAUUAGCUAUUGCAACUGCAAAGUUAGUAUUUAUUCUAGUUUUUUGUUUUUCAAAUAUAUUUAUUUACAACUCUUUUGAUGUUUUGUACAUAGGUAUAACAUAUAAAAAUUAAGACAUUUAUAUUUAUUAUGCAUUUAAUCAUGUAAUUUCAAAUACAUUAUGCACACUAGAUUACUUUAUUUUCUAUGUACUUAUUGUGUUAUAUUAUUUUAAAAUAAAUUACAAUUAUUCUUAUGAUAGGACAGUCGAAGAACAAACAGAAGAAGCCAUGGACAAUCUCGUUGUAUUGUUCGGUACAGAAAUUUUAUCACUAAUUCCAGGACGAGUGUCUACUGAAGUUGAUGCUAGGUAAUAAUACAUUACUAUUUAUAAUGUAAAUAAUAACUGUUUUUAUUGAUUUUAGAUUAUCGUUUGACAAAGAAGCUAGUAUUGCUAAAGCUAUUAAGUACAUUAAAAUGUAUGAAAAAGCUGGAAUCAGCAAAGACCGUAUAUUAAUUAAAUUAGCUUCUACAUGGGAAGGUAUUCAAGCAGCUAAGUUAGUAUUUAAUAUUUUACUAGUUUUCAGGCUUUUUUUCUAAAUUAAAAAUAUUCAUAUAUCAAAUUAUUUUUAAGAGUUUUGGAACAACAGCAUGGUAUUCAUUGCAAUUUGACUUUGUUGUUUUCUCUUUACCAAGCCAUAGCAUGUGCUGAAUCUGAUGUCACAUUAAUAUCCCCAUUUGUUGGACGUAUUUUAGACUGGUAAAUUGUUAAGACAUUACUUACUUAAUAUAUUAAUUUUAUUUAAUUAUGAACAUUUUUGAAGUAUUUUAACGUUUUAUUUGUUAGGCAUGUGGCAAAUACUAACAAGAAAAGUUUUGAGCCAUUAGACGAUCCCGGUGUCAAAUCAGUGACAAACAUUUACAAUUAUUUUAAGAAAUUCAACUAUAAAACUGUCGUGAUGGGCGCAUCAUUCCGUAAUAUUGGUAAAUGAACAUUUUUACUACAAAUUUGAAUAUUUGCAUAUUGAAUUACAUAGGGUUUAAAGUUUAGACCUUAUAAAUAAACAUCCAGAAAUGAGUAAUAUACUUCAAAAUGAAUAUCUAAAUAUUUAUUUUUAGAUGAAUUAAUUUUAGAUACAUUUUAGAUUCUAGAUACUAGAUGCUACAUAUUUAUGUAACAAGUAUUGUAAUACAAAAUACUCUAUACUUCAUAUAUUAAAAUUAAAUGAUAAUUCAAAUUUUCACCCAAUCACUAUUUACAAUAUUUAAAAUAUAGUGGAAGAUUGAUGGUGAUUAUAGGUAAGAUACUUAAAAACAGGUAUUUAGAUAUUGGACAUAUUGAUUUCAGUAUAUUAAAAAACAAGAUGUUAAAUAUUUUUCAGAAUCAUAUUGUAAUACAAGAUACAAUUAUGUCUCAGAUAUGUGUUUAAAAAAUUUGUUCAGAAGACAUGGCCCAAUUCUAGAAACAACAAAUAAUUUAUUGGCUUAUAAAUCCUAUAUUUCAAAAAUAGAAACUGCUAUGAUUGAAUUUUUGUAAAAUUGAUCUGAUUUGCACGUUUUUGAUUUUCAUAUAAAUCUAAAUGUCUAUUCUCUUGGUAUUUUUCUAUUUCCAAUUUACUUUGAUUGUAAUAAAUGUCAUGAUAUUUAAAAUUCUUCUGUAAAUUUAAAAGUUAAUAUAUUUUUAUUUUGAUGUCAAAUUAUUUAAAUCCAUACAGUUUAGAAGAUUGUGUUAGAAAUUGUUAUUAUUGAUCAUAAAUAAUUAGCUCUGUGUAGUUUCAAAUUCAAUUUGAUUGUUAUAUAUGUUUUUCUAAGUUUUAUAUAAAUUCAUGGAUUCUAUACUUAUAACUAAGGCCCAUAUUUCAAUGCAAAAUGCAUAUUUUUUUGAUUAAUAUUGGAUGAUGUUUUCUAAGUACAUAAUUUGAUUCAUAUAACAGAGACUUAAAAAGUGAAACUUUUAUUUUGAAUUUUUUACCAUUUUUCGGUCAUUUUGCUUUUGUUUUAUUGCAUAUUUAUACAAUAUACGAGUAUAAUAAUAUUAUUACCUAUACAGUAUUUGUACAUAAUAGUACUAUUAAAUAACCUUGUUAUAUUUAAUUAUCUAUGAUACAGUUUAAUAAUUAAAAAUAUUACCCAUGUUUUUCGAGUUUUCCACUUAACCAAUGAAAUACAACCUUACAGUCAUAAGUCAAAUUUUUCAAUUUUUUUUUAAUAAAAUAAAAAUAUUAUAAAUUACCCAAUAAAACAAUAAAUGAAAAAAAUUAAAUUUUAGUUUUUAAGAACAUUUCCUCAGUAAAAUACAGUUUUUAAAGGCAUUUUUAGCUUUUUUUUAUUGAGAAUUUUUUGAUUAUUUUUAAUGUAUUUAAAUCCAGGUCUUAUUUAAAACAUUUAAUUCUGUAACAACUUACUUGGGUCAAUUAUAAAUAAAUAAUUGUUUAAUUUUAUAUUUGUAUUAGGCGAAAUCAAAGCAUUAGCUGGAUGUGAUUUGUUAACAAUCAGUCCAAAGUUGCUUGAGGAAUUAGAAUCAACUAAUGAGCCACUCACCCAAUAUUUGACUGUGAAGAAUGGUAAAAAUUUAUUUGAAUUCAACUUUUUAUCAUUAUUGUAGAAAUAUAAUUCAAUUUUAAUUUUAGGAAAAGCAUCGGAUUUGGAAAAAAUUGAAAUCAGCGAAGCCAAAUUUCGUUGGGAAAUGAACGAAGAUAAAAUGGCUAAUGACAAGUUAUCUGAAGGUAUAAGAAAUUUUGCAGCUGAUUCUCGUAAACUUGAGAACAUUCUUACAGAGAUGUUGAAAGAAAUAAAUUAAAUAUGAGUAUACAUCGGUUCGCAUCAUUUUUAUGUUAUUGGGAUCAAAAUAUUUUUAAAAAAAAUGUGAUAAUGAUUUAUACCUUUACAGUUUAUGAAACAGAUUUGUAUACUAACAUUUUUAUUUUGUUAAACUAUUGAAUAUUAUAUUAUUUUAUUAUGAUAAUAUUGUUAUGUAAUGAUCCAUUAUAGUUUGUUUACAAAUAAUAGUUUAUCAAAAAUAUUUAUGAUAAAAAUAAAACAAAGAUAUUGGUUUGAUGAAUGAUCAAAAUUAAUAAUAUAUUAUUUUUCUUCAUUAAAACCUGAAUUAUUAUGAGUUCAUAAAUUUGUUCUAUAUGAUAAAUUAUUAAAGCAGAUGAUAAUGCAUAUUAUUUGUAAUACAUAAUUUUUAUAAAAUAUGCACGGAUUAGUUAUUUCUAAGUGUAAUCAUUAGGUUUUUAUUUUUUUCAAUUACACGCCUAAUACUCUAUAGAA